AGUCCUACUUUAUUUCGUCAGCUUCCGCAUUGGCCACUGGGAUCGAUGCAUGGUUUCUGUUUAGUCACUGAGUAGGUAGAAUAAGUAAUCGUUUGCAGUACAUCUUGCUGAAAAGAAGAACAUUUCUUCAGAUUUGCAUCAAAUAUCUUCCUUAUUUGUGCCUAUUAGUGAGAACUUUUUGAAGAAGUCGUCAUAAAGUCUGACCAGAAUGUCACGGAGAUAUGAUUCUAGAACCACCAUCUUUUCUCCUGAAGGCCGGCUGUAUCAGGUAGAAUAUGCCAUGGAAGCUAUUGGACAUGCAGGUACUUGCUUAGGUAUUUUAGCAAAUGACGGUGUCCUGCUAGCAGCUGAAAGACGGAAUAUCCACAAGUUAUUAGAUGAAGUCUUUUUCUCAGAGAAAAUCUACAGACUAAAUGAAGACAUGGCUUGCAGUGUUGCUGGAAUAACUUCAGAUGCUAAUGUUUUGACAAAUGAACUACGUCUGAUUGCACAGAGGUACUUGCUUCAGUACCAGGAACCAAUCCCUUGUGAACAGUUGGUCACAGCACUGUGUGACAUCAAACAGGCUUAUACACAGUUUGGAGGAAAGCGUCCAUUUGGUGUAUCUUUGCUGUACAUUGGCUGGGAUAAGCAUUAUGGGUUUCAGCUGUAUCAGAGUGACCCCAGUGGAAAUUACGGUGGCUGGAAAGCAACAUGCAUUGGCAAUAAUAGUGCUGCAGCAGUAUCCAUGCUCAAGCAGGACUACAAAGAAGGAGAAAUGAAUUUGCAAUCUGCUCUUGCCCUGGCAGUCAAAGUAUUAAAUAAAACAAUGGAUGUUAGCAAACUAUCAGCUGAAAAAGUUGAAAUAGCAACAUUAACAAGAGAGAAUGGAAAGACAAGGAUAAAGGUCCUGAAGCAAAAGGAAGUUGAAGAAUUGAUUAAAAAGCACGAAGAGGAAGAGGCAAAAGCAGAACGGGAAAAGAAAGAACGAGAACAGAAGGAAAAAGAAAAGUAGCAUUAUGAUAACUAGAUGUGCAUUUCUAGGCCACAGUUUUCUUGUUUAAACCCAAUUUUGGUUUGCACUAAGUACAAACAGUUCAACAGGAAUGGAUGUCUUCAGAUUUGUUAUACAUGAACAGAAACAUGUACAUAUUUCUUGAAGACUUUUACAACUACAGAUUUUCUUUUUUUUGUAAUGAGCAAUAAAUGUGAUUGCUGGAAGCACAUUUA